AGCACAAUGAGCGUGAGUAUUUUUACGGUGACAUCAAAGAGUGCAGUGCUGCGCUGGAGCAGAUAUGAAGGUGCAUUGUCCUACAGAGUUACAGCUUCCUCCGGAAACUCUCCAGUCCCUGUGGUCUUUGCCAACUUCGGACAGAAUACUAUUAUGGGCUCCGUUAAUUCCCUGAACCCCAACACUGCAUACACUUUUCGUGUUGAAGCCCUGGGCAGCCUCAUGAACGUUUUGUUGGCAGAUGCUAAUGUGGAUGGAUCUACUGCUCCUGAUGUGCCCACCAUUAAGAUGGCCUCUUCUAAAGAAAGCCAUAGUAUCACGAUGGAAUUCACUGAUGUCUCCGGUGCAACGUCCUACAUCCUGCGCGCUGAGACAAAUGAUGGAUCUUUCUUCUCUGAGAUCCCAGUACCCUCGUCUCCGGGGACUGUCACCAACCUCCAGCCAUACACAGACUACACUCUCAGUGUCAUGUCCGUCAACAGUGCAGGCAGAAGCCAGCCAUCCACCUCCGUGGAGGCAAAGACAGUCCUUCCUGCUCCUCAGUUCAACACCAGCUCUCCCAGUAACAGCAGUAUCCUGGUGAAGUGGGAGCCAGUCAAUCACGCUGUCCUCUACAGCCUCAGCAUCAUCAAAGAGGGCUCAUACAACCGAAGUCGAUUCAACACCACAGACACUCAGUUCCUCCUUCAAGACCUGGAGGCAGGAACCUCUUAUUGUAUUAAGGGAAAUGCCUGGAGUCCUGAGAACAUUCCCGGAGAUGACUUAACAAUUUGCCAAAUCACACGUCCUCCCACUCCCCAGUCUGUUGCUCUGGUGGUGACAAGCACCCCUGACGCAGGUAUUGUGGUGUCGUGGGACUCAGCCAAGGGUGCAGAGCAGUAUGUUGCCUUGAGCUUGACUGGCCAGAACUGCUCAUCUAGUAACUCCUGCAUCCUGAUUCCUUUGAGCUGCGGAGAGACAAACUCUGUCACUGUGAGCGCUAUCAACCAGGCCGGAAACAGUGUCCCCUCAUUCCCAGUUCAGAUUAUUUCAUUCCCUUGUCCCCCACAGCCUAUCUGGGUGGAGGAGGUGGUGGCUGGUAACUGCUCUGUGAAGUGGAGCUCUGUCGCUCACGCAGAGUACUACACUACCUUUAUUAAGAGUGAUGAUGGCAUCGAGGGGACGUGCAACUCAACUGAGACACAGUGUCAGUUUCACUGCAGCUGCGGAUACUCCUACAUCAUGAGUGUGUUUGCACACAACCAGGCUGGACCCACCCCGGGACCUCUCGUCAACCACACCACCUUGCCUUGCUGUCCAAAUCUCACGUCAGUUUCUGCAGUUUCUUGGGAGACGCUUAUGAUAGAGUGGUCUCCUGUGCGUGGUGCGGAUCUGUACGAGACUCGUGCUGUGGAUGCAACAGAAACGAUCCUGUGUAACGACACGGCACCCAGCUGUGCCCUCUCUGACCUCACUUGCAACAGCAGGUACAGCGUAGUCGUCAUACCAUGCAACGACGUAAGCGGCUGCAACCUCACCUGCAGUCCACAAACGCAUGAAACAGCUCCAUGCAUGCCUGAAAUCAAAAGUGUGAGCCAGAGUAACGCAUCUACUGUGCUGGUUAACUGGACUUCUGCUAACACUGCUGCCAACUACACUGUCAUUGUGGUUGGCGCAGCGGGCGACGACCAUGUCUGUCACUCAAAUGGCACUUCCUGUCAUGUGCCCAACCUGCCCUGUGGCUCCAACUUUGAUGUCAGUGUCACAGCGUCCUCCUCAGCUGGAAAUAGCAUGCCCAGCUACACCGUUCUCCUGGAAACAGCACCUUGUUGCCCAGACAAUCUUAUGGUGAGCCAGGUGACCCAGGCCAUGACCAACGUGACCUGGUCGACCGCUAGUGGUGCCUUGACCUACAUCGCCUCUCUGUCUUCACCACGAGGCAAUGCGCAGUGUCACACCAUGGACACCGGAUGCAUAAUGGGAUGCAUCACCUGCGGCACUAAUUACACUGUCUCCCUGGAAGCCAUCAGCCAUACUGGGCACAAGGCGGAGUGCACAUAUCAUGGAUUUUCAGCCAGUGACUGCUGUCCCUCGGGCAUCCGUCUCUUUCGAGGAACCAAUAACACUCUGCGUGUGCGCUGGAGGUCAACCAGCGCCCUCACCAAAUACACAGCAGAGGUCAAGGGGAACAGCACUCACGUGUGCAGCCCAGAGCCCGGCUGCAACACAUGUGACGUGUCAGAGAUCGUGUGUGGUCAGGUGUACUCAGUAGUCGUCGCCCCACUCAAUCGAGACGGAACCAAGGUCCCGUUCUGUAACAGAAGGAUGUAUUCAGUCUCAUGCGUGGGCAGCAAUGUCGGACUGGUUCUCUAUCAAGGAAAAAGAUAAUGAUGGGGCGGAUGUCCUUCAGACAGUGAGCUUCUGGUAAUAUUGGAUGACUGGAUUCUUCAGAAAAUGCCCUUGAACCUGUAUCGAAUACUUUACAACACCAUAAUUUACUGUAUUGGCUUAUGAAGUCAGGCAGUGAACAAAUUUGAAUGUUAUUACUUGAAUAAUGUCAUUAGUCAGGAUUCAACACUGUCCAAUCACUGAUGUUUAUAUAUUUAAAUUGCUUUAAAGAUAUGUAAUGACACUGAUUAAUGGGAGAAUCUUUAAGAGGAAUUUGCACGUUGCAAGAUUUUCUUUCAACACACGAUGAAUGUAUAUUAUUAUUAUAUUAACUUAAUUUUCAGGGAUCCCUAGUAUUAUCUCAGGGAUUUUCACUAAACCCAAUUCAUGAUAUAGUGUGUCAAAUUAUUUUCUGCAACUGGAAUUUCUAGGAUUCUCCCCUCAAAAAUCAGUUGAUAGUAAACUAAAAGUUAUUUUAGUGAAGCACUUCUUUGCAACAUCCAAACAGUGGCAGUGAUUACAUCUAUGCAUCAGUUUAUAAUAAUUGAAUAAAAUGAAACAGUAAUUUCCCAGUUUUUAAAACAGGAGGAUCACUCUGAGAGAUAAAUGAACCUGAACUCCUCUACAGUAAGCAGUGCCUCUGAGGGAAAUAUAGGUCUGUUUGUUAAUUAAACUUCCCUUGGAUGUUUGUCAAAUUUGUCAUGAUAUAAAUUAACAUCUAUAUUUUGACAAUAAAAUUCAUCCCCUGCAUUAAUAAAGUGUGUCUGUGUUUGCUUCCCCAUCAUUAGAGAGAGGCACAUACAUUUCCACAACUGUUAUAAG